UUGAAGCAUCGCAUUGUGCACGAGUCGACCACGGCACGGCUGACCACCAGCUCUCCGACUUUGGGCUAUGGGUAUCCUUGUUUCUCAAUCUCUGCAGUUCUGCUUUGCCUUCGUCUCUGUUCUUCGUGCUCGUAAAUUGUUGUUUGUCGCACCCUGCAGCGUCGUUCGUCUUGGUCUGCAUGCAAGGGCGAUCCAAGCCAAAUUUGCUACCUCCUUCCCGAUCAUGAGCUCGAUCACAAACGAGUUGCGUGGUCUCCACGUGCAUUUGUAUCAGAGAGAAGGAUCUACCAACACACGCCUUCCCGACAAACUCGACUCCAAACAUGCCCGCUAUGGCACCUUUUGGCAUCUUCACUCGUCGCAGCUUUCGACGUCGUCCAUCAACCCAAUCGACGUCGACGCCAGAGUCUGCCUCUGCCCAGCAGAAGACAGACAUGGGUGGCGUGCCGUCCAAGGCUGGCUCCCACGUCAACGACGUACCGCACAGGAAAUUGAGGCAUCGCUCAUCGUCCAUGAACCUUCUCAAGCGUAACCGUACCCCCUCUGGACAUGCUUCUACACGAGAUCCCAUUGCGACUCAGGCUUCAUGUGAUGUGGAUGCGGCAUUGACCGAUUCGACGGGACUAGAGACAGAGUACACUAGAGGAUCCCUAGGAGCCCGCUCGGAUUCACAGUCGACUGUCAAGAUGCUCAGCGGUUCAGUCCACUCAACGAGCUUUGCAAACAACAAGGAUAACUUCUAUGAUUCGGAUUCUAGCUCAACGAGAACGGCUACACGUGUGACACCCCCUUCUGAAGCCCAGGAGGAAGUCAUUGUGUUUGGUGCAGACGAUGAUUCGAGUGGCAUGAGCACACCUGUACCGCCUCGCCCACCCAAGACACCUCAGAUUCAACUUCCUACUCCUCCAUUCUUGACCGAAGACAGUCCCACCAAAUACGGCUUGCGCGUCACAUACUCUCCAUCGCCCGAUCGUUCUAUGGCUGCCUCUCAGCGACAGAAAAUGACAGGAGCUGGCCUGUUCGUGGUAUGUGGCAUAGUCCAAUCGUCCUGUUCCCAAGCACCCCGACUGACUUUCUCGAAGCAUGCCGCUACUCAGCAAAGGUCCGCAACUCUAACAUUGCCCAUCCGCCAGGCGAGAUCUGGGGCCACGGAUUCAAGCCAGUCAUUCGCUCAGAGCUCACCAUCCUUGCCGCUGUCCGACAAAACAAAUCUCGCACUCGAUCAGUCAAAUUCACUGCCCAACCGCAAACUACGACCCAAUCUCGAUCGACCUUUCAAAGAUGCACCCCAGGAGCACGUUGCUCAUGCACUUCCGCUACGAGCCUCUCAGCGGACAUGCUACCGAGACCAUGACAUAUGGCAGCGUAUGGGCUCCAACUACAAACAUCCUGUCGCAUGUUCUAUAUGCGAUGGCUACGACGCUCCAGGAGAUGACUUCAUGACGUGCCUUUGGUGUGAGGUCCAUGUUUGUGGAAAGUGCUACCUGGAGUUUGUGAGCAAUGGAGUGACGGGUAUGAUGGAGAGGCAGCAAAAACACGAUGCAUGAUGAGCAUGUGCAUGUCGGGCAUCAAGAUAGGCGCGGAUUCAAGUACAAGCAUAGAGCCAUUGUUCACUUGCAUGAGGUCUAAUAUGUCUAGCAAGGAGGAGUCGAGACGUUUGCAUAAUGUUUCCCCUAAGGAGAGAGAGAGAGACUUUCGACGAAAGGCCGUAUACCAGGGCGACAUUCAGUUGCCUAGUCAAGUCGAGCAAAUAAUCACGCACAAUCACAGAUACAGGUUGUCCAACCAAGAACAUUGAACA